AUGAGUGCUGCCUUCGCAAGGAGUGCUGCCUUCGCAAGGAGUGCUGCGUUCGCAAGGAGUGCUGCCUUCGCAAUGAGGGCUGCCCUUGCAGGGAGUGCUGCCUUCACAAGGGGUGGUGCCUUCGCAAGGAGUGCUGCCUUUGCAAGGAGUGCUGCCUUCGCAGGGAGUGCUGCAUCCGCAAGGAGUGCUGCCUUCGCAAGGAGUGCUGCCUUCGCAAGGAGUGCUGCCUUUGCAAGAAGCGCUGCCAUCGCAAGGAGUGCUGCCUUCCGAAGGAGUGCUGCCUUCGCAAGAAGUGAUCCCUUCGCAAAGAGUGCUGCCUUCGCAAGGAGUGCUGCCUUCGCAAGGAGUGCUGCCUUCCCAAGGAGUGCUGCCUUUGGACAGAGCGCUGCGUUCGCUAGGAGUGUUGCCUUCGUACAGAGUGCAGCCUUCGCAAGGAGUGCUCCCUUCGCAAGGUGUGCUGCCUUUGCAAGGAGUACUGCCUUUGCAAGGAGUGCUGCCUUCGAAAGGAGUGCUGCCUUCACUAGCAGUGUUGCCUUCGCAAGGAGUGCUGCGUUCAGAAGGAGUGGUGCCUCUGCAAGGAGUGCUGCCGUCGCAAGGAGUGCUGCCUUUGCAAGGAGUACUGCCUUCGCAAGGAGUGCUGCCUUCGCAAGGAGUGCUGCCUUCGCUAGGAGUGCUCCCCUCGCAAGGAGGGCUGCCUUCGAGAGGAGGGCUGCCUUCGCAGGGAGUGCUGCCUUCGCAAGGGGUAAUGCCUUCGCAAGUAGUGCUGCAUUCUCAGAGAGCACUGCCUUAGCAACGAGAGCUGCCUUCCAAUGA